CAACAUGCCGGCUCCUGGAAAGGUUUUCCGCCGGCGGCGCGUCGACUCGGAGUCCGAGGAAGAUGAACAGGAUUCAGAAGAGGUUCGAUUAAAACUGGAAGAGACACGAGAGGUGCAGAACUUGAGGAAAAGGCCCAACGGGGUGAGUGCUGUGGCCCUGCUGGUGGGGGAGAAAGUACAGGAAGAGACUACACUAGUGGAUGAUCCUUUCCAGAUGAAGACAGGUGGUAUGGUGGACAUGAAGAAACUGAAGGAGAGGGGCAAAGAUAAGAUCAGUGAAGAGGAAGAUCUCCAUUUGGGAACAUCGUUUUCUGCAGAAACCAACCGAAGGGAUGAGGAUGCAGACAUGAUGAAAUAUAUUGAAACAGAGCUGAAAAAGAGGAAAGGGAUUGUGGAACAUGAGGAACAGAAAAUAAAGCCGAAGAAUGCAGAGGACUGUCUCUAUGAACUUCCAGAAAAUAUACGCGUCUCCUCAGCCAAGAAGACGGAGGAGAUGCUUUCCAACCAGAUGCUGAGUGGCAUCCCCGAAGUCGACCUUGGCAUUGAUGCCAAAAUAAAAAAUAUCAUUUCCACUGAGGAUGCCAAGGCCCGACUGCUGGCAGAGCAGCAGAACAAGAAGAAAGACAGUGAGACAUCAUCCUUUGUGCCCACCAAUAUGGCUGUGAACUACGUGCAGCAUAACCGAUUUUAUCAUGAGGAGCUCAAUGCGCCCAUUCGGAGAAACAAAGAAGAGCCCAAAGCCCGGCCCUUGAGAGUGGGUGACACGGAGAAGCCGGAGCCCGAGCGGUCUCCUCCUAACCGCAAGCGUCCCGCUAAUGAGAAGGCCACCGAUGACUAUCACUAUGAGAAGUUCAAGAAGAUGAAUAGGCGAUACUGA